AUGGCGCUACAACAUACAUCCGAAAUUUAUAUGAAUAGCUCGCUUGAAAAUGACAUUAUUUUGGAAUAUGAAAGACUCGUCUCUAAUAUUGAUAAAUUAAAUCAAACAAUUACUCGCUUGAACACUACCGACGUCCUUGUUCUUAUCGACAAGCUUCGUACGCUCGAAAAAAAAGUAGGAUUGGUUUACACUUUGUUCAAAGCUUCAGUAUAUUCUUUGGUUACCGCUGAUCAGAACAGUGAUGGCAAAUGA